GUAGCUUCAGCUGUUUUUUCGCUUGUUGGUUUCUUUGUUCCCUUAUAGUUGAUUGUAUUCGGCUUGGAUCACUCCUCCCAUGUCUACUUCGGUGAAGAAUCGCGACUGGCCUUCUCCCACAUGUACCUUCGUAGUUGGGGCACUCAAUACGAAACUUUAGAUUACCCGCCAGCGGCCGGUCCUUAUGCAGUCUACCAGAAGUCGGAUUUUUUUCUGACAGUUGGUUAUGCGAUUACUCGUUACAAUCAGACGCGUGAAUUGGCCGUUGGUGAGUACUCAUUCGUCUCAUCGAAUCCCAACAUCGCUCUUUGUCAAACCAAUCUUUUGGAUGCCACAGACGAUCACGGACGUGCAGUCUCUGAUGCGGAGGAGCAGUAUUGCAUCCUUGUUUACCCACUGGAAAUUGAGGCCAUCUCACUGUUUACUGCCGAAUCAGUGAAACAGUUCCUGGCUGACCACAACUUCACCAUUGAUUUUUCUCGUCUUUUGACGUUCAGUUUGCGCUUCUCGCUCCUUUCUCCAGUGGUGACCAGACUAGGACCUUCGCAUGAUCCGGAAUGCUUCCGAUUCGAUGUUUAUAUAAAUAUGGAGAAAUCGCAUCAAGCUGGCUUGCUCGCUAUCCACCUACAUGCUCCUUACGCCGUGGCACCAUGUACCAAUUUAGAUGAUAUUGCUGUAUCAACCGAAGAACUCGCGGCCCUAUCUCCCGACCAUUCAGAUCUACAAAUUAAACGCUUGCAGCUGUUCUGGUCCCAAUUCAGCGAUACCGGACAACCUAAUCGUACCGUGACUUGGCAUUCGUUUUCGAUGCGCCGCAUCUCGAUUAUACUGCUGCAGGUUACUGCUCUUUUACUCGGGGUUAUCUCGCUCAUUCUGUGUAUCCGCUCUGUGGUGCGAAACUUCUGUAUGUGGAAAGAUACUGUCCUGUUCUUCAAGCAUUGGUACUCAAUAGAGUUAUAUGGAUAUUUUUGGUAUUUCAUUCCACUCUGGUUCAUGGUAAUCAUCACCAACGAUAUCAUGAUCAUUGUUGGUUCCAUAUACAAUUUAUGGUCCAUCAGCAAGCUUCGUCACAAACCGGAGCCCAUUUCUUAUGUGCUGGGUGUCAGCGCUCUUCUCGUGUGGUCCGGCAUUUUGCGCUACGUGGGCUUCUCCUACUCCAACAGUAUUUUGAUGCGGACCAUUUUCCACUCAGUUCCCGCUCUGCUUCGUUUCGGCGUAUGUUCCCUCAUUAUGUUCUUCGCAUUCAGCCUAUGCGGCUGGGUCGUUCUGGGGCCGUACAAUCUCAAAUUUCGCACGUUUAUCUCCACUCUGGAGUGUUUGUACAGUCUCAUCAACGGGGACGACAUGUACGUGACCUUCAGUGUGAUCGGGGACGGUAGCCCCUGGGGCAUUUAUAUCUUCAGUCGACUCUUUCUAUACACUUUCAUCACCUUAUUUAUCUAUGUGGUUCUCAAUCUCUUUAUUACAAUCAUUUUUGAGGCAUACACGGAAGUCAAGCAACAACGUGAUACUUUUGCCCGCCCACACAAUUCACCUCUAUUCGCAUUUAUACGGCAAAAUCCAAUCAGUUAUCGAUCCCCUCAGUACAAACGCGAUGACAUCCGGCCUGAUCGGAAGCUGCUUCGGUGCUUUGCGUUAGGGCGACAUUUUGGCACUGCUCCUACCACGAUCUACACCGCGGUUAGCGUUGACUCGGGGAAAGAAAGUGUUGCAUGUGAUGAGACGAAGCAUCGACUUCUCCGUGCUCCUCCGACAGACUCCCAACCCUCAGUGGGUGGUGGAAGUUCCUUGGCUUGCUCUUCUCAGCUAACAUCCGCUGGUUCGUCCAGCGUUUCUUUUGUGAGUCAGCGAAGUUCGUCGUCUGGUCUGCAGGAAGAGAAAUCGUAUCCGACAGAUAUCGACAACGGAGUUCAACAAGACUAUGGUUUCCGCACACCGACUACCUUGCUCCUCCAGCACACUGUCUUCGAUGCACUCGGUGACGAGUCCGAACUCGACGCAUUCAUGCGCUAGUCCAAUUGCCACUUUUCGCGUCGUAUUGCUCCAGCAGUAUCCGUUGGUCUAUCGUCCUUGAAAAAGCACACGACUCCCCGGAACACGGUGCAUUCGCACGUAAACGGAUCACACUCAGAUGCCUUUGAAUGUCCCGUUUUUGUGCACACUAGUCGGCGAAUUUCUUCGCUGGUGUUCACACAUACUAAUUCUGUUCCAGUGGCUCUGAAAAUUUUGUCCCUUCUUUAUCUGUCCUGUGCUUUCUCGCACUCUUGUUCUUUGUGUGUCGUUAUUUUAAUUCCCCUCCACACCAGCUCGCUACAUAUUUAUUUAUUGUCGUUUUGUAUGCCUAGUUUCUGUUUCAAUUCUGAACUCACUUUUGGCUGUGGUCUUUUCAUUAGGCUUUCGCUAUAUCAUGGUCGCCAGUCGAAACUGUUCACUCACCUUUUGCAUGGAAUAUUUUAUGUCUAUCCUUCUCUUUUGAUCAUGUCUCUGGCCUCAGAAUUGUGUACUUUUAUGACCUGUUACUUGGUUUCCUAGACAGCCUUGUUAAUCUACAUACUGAUAUGAGUUGCUUACUCAUAAACAACUGCCCAUCCUCCGUUACUC